AUGGGAGAGUCGCUGCAGUGGGAUCGUCCCUUCAUCUACUGCAUCCCCGUUCAACCCACCCCCUGCCACCGCUGCUGCCCCUCCUCGCCACAUUCCUGUCUCUCCUCCCUCUCCUCCUCCUCCGCCGUCGCCACCAACACCACCAUCACCACCACCUCCCCUUCCUCCACAUCCCAACACCACCCUCCUCCUUCGUCCAGCCUGACUGAUCGACUCUCCAGCCUCGUGAGGGAGAUCACCAUAUGGUCCGUGCCAACUGCUGCUGUGCCUUUUCAAUCUGUGAAAUCGCUGGGUUGGAAAUCAGACCCUAUCAUUUAUAGGCAUCGAGUGGCAGGGCGAGUGCGUCUCACUGAGAUGGCGGCUGCGACCAGAGCAGGCAUCGACACCACAGGGCUGCUGGGCAUGUGGCCAUCGGAAGAAGCGAUGGCGUGCUACCUCAUUGCACAUGCACAAAGAUUCAGGGGUCGGAGGGUGGUGGAGCUAGGGGCGGGUUAUGGGCUGGCGGGCAUGGCGCUGGCAGUGCAGCAGCAGGGCGUGGGGGGAGUGCUGCUCACUGAUGGCAACGACACCGUGGUUGCACGUCUAAGCCGCACAGUGGAGGCCAACAGGCAUCAGUUCGGGGGCACCAGAGUGGCAGUGGCAGCACUGCGCUGGGACAGCCACCCCCCGCCGCACCACUGGCCACCUGCCCUCUCUCCCCCUUUCGACGCGGUCAUCGCUGCUGACUGCACGUUUUUCAAGGAGCAUCACGAGCACCUGUUGCACACGAUCACUGCUCUCCUCUCCCCCGCCUCCCCCCAGCCCUCCUCCGCCCCUCAUUGCCCUGCUGCAUGUGCCGCCGCUCUCCCCACCUCGCAGCAAGCAGCAGGUCUAUCAGCAGAGGGAGCAGCAGAACCCGACGGUACAUGCAUAGAUGCAGCCAGGGAAACACACACAGCAGCAGCAGCAGCAGCAGGGGCAGGGGCAGGAACAGCAGGGGAAGCAGGAACGGGGGGGGCAGCAACAGCAGCAGAGGGGAAAGUAGCAGGGGAGGGGGCAGCAGCAGCAGCAGCAGCGUCCCUCUUCUACCCCCCAGAGGCGUUUCUCUUUGCCCCGCAUCGGGGCUCUUCCCUCGCGCUCUUCCUAGCCCGUGUGCGGCAGCAGGGCGGGUGGCGCGUGCAUGUGGAGGAGCAAUACCAUGAGGGGGUCAGCCAGGCGUUUGGGGAGGCAUGCGGGGAAGGGGAGGAGGGGGAGGAGGGGGAGGAGGAGGGGGGAGAGGGGGAGAGUGGAGAGGGUCAGGGGUUGGAAGAGGAGAAAGAGGCGGAAGAGGACGAGAGGAAAGCCGGCGGGGGUUUGAGGGGGGAGGUUGGGACUGGAGAGGGAGGAGCAGACAGGAAUGGUGUGGAGGGAGCGGGGAGUGAGAGGAGGGGAGGGAGUGAGGGAGGGAGGAGGAGGGGGAAGGAGCCAUGGGAGGGGUACACACGCAUGCAUGACUAUCCUGUGAUGGUGCACAUGACAUGGAUAGGUCAACCCACGUGCACAUGA